GUCUUGCGGGGACAUCAGAACUGGGUGUACAGUUGUGCAUUCUCUCCCGACUGUUCUAUGCUGUGUUCAGUUGGAGCCAGUAAAGCAGUAUGUAUCAAAGUUCCUGUACAUGUGUUGUGACUUGGAUGAUAAUGUAUGGCUAAUCAUUUUAAAUCUAAGUAACCUAGUAAGUCUGUGCUCGGUGUCAAAAAUAUCUUUGUUUCAUGAUGGAGAAAAUUUGCAUGUAGAAAAUUAGUUACUUGUGAAUUGAGAAUUGAAUUGCUUUUAGAGAUGUUUAUAAAAUGAAGGGUUAGUGAAGUAAAAGGGUUGUGAAAUCUAGGAAUAUUUAUGUGCUAUAGAUAAGAUCUAGUCCAUUUUAAAGAUAUUUUCUUGCUAAUUAUCUUCUUUGUUUUUGUUUUGUCCAAUUUUCUGGUUUUGUUUUUAAGUUUUGAGUCUCAGUCCAUCCUGGACAUUUAACUGAAAAAACAAAGUAAUUUAUAAGCAUACUAAAGUUGUAGCUCAUGGAUGUCCGACAGUGGGUUAUAGAUCAGGCUGCACAUGGUUUUACAGCAUGCCUGUGGACAGCUUAAGUAGUGACUGUUGAGGGCUGUUCUUGUAGUGAACUGUCAGGUUACUAGCUCUGAGUUGAUGUAUUUUUAAGAGUUUAGCGGCAUUGACAUUGAGUAUGAAACUGGCUGAACUCCAAAUACGUGUAAUGAUCACCACAAUGUUCUUGGGACUGAUGGGGGUGGGGUGGCUAGAUAAAACACAUUUCAUUUUGCCAAGAAGUAUGUUAAAAUGAUAGUUGUCAAUGUUAGUAGUUUAAAACAAAGUAGCUUGCUUUUGUUUUUUUAAUCAUAAAAACAAGCUAGAUGUUGACAUUGCGAUUUUAGGCUGUGUGUUUUCCAUAUGCUUCUUGCUUUCCCUGUCACAGGUGGUGGCAGCAAUAUUGGUGUGAUUGAGGUUAUGCUGGCACCACUCGCACACAGGCGCACAAUGGUGUUAGCUGGGCAGAAAGAGUGGCAUCUCUGGCUACCGGGCUGGGGGCGACCUUUACCAUAGGAUGAAGUAACCUUGCAUUCGGCUGCAAGGUGUACUGUACGUACACAGGUUUUCCUUUGGAAUAUGGAUAGAUACACCAUGAUAAGGAGACUGGAAGGCCAUCACCAUGAUGUUGUAGCUUGUGACUUUUCUCCUGAUGGGGCAUUACUAGCUACUGCAUCUUAUGAUACUCGUGUGCAUGUCUGGGACCCACACUGUGGAGACCUUCUGUUGGAGUUCGGGCACCUGUUUCCGCCGCCUACUCCAAUAUUUGCUGGAGGAGCAAAUGACCGGUGGGUAAGAGCUGUGUCUUUCAGUCAUGAUGGACUGCAUAUUGCCAGCCUUGCUGAUGAUAAAAUGGUGAGGUUCUGGAGAAUUGAUGAGGAUUGUCCAGUACAAGUUGCACCUUUGAGCAAUGGUCUUUGCUGUGCCUUUUCUACUGACGGCAGUGUUUUAGCUGCUGGGACACAUGAUGGAAGUGUGUAUUUUUGGGCCACUCCAAGGCAAGUCCCUAGCCUUCAACAUUUAUGUCGCAUGUCAAUCCGAAGAGUGAUGCCCACCCAAGAAGUCCAGAAACUGCCUCUUCCUUCCAAAAUGUUGGAGUUUCUCUCCUACCGGGAUUAGAACGAGGACUCCCUUUCCUGGUAGGGCCUGACAGACAGAACACCCUCUACAGAACACACCUCAAGCUUUGCCAGCUCAAGCACCUGUUCUUGAAGGCUCGGAAGAUUUAUUUAAUUCGAUCCACUCUUAUACUUCAUUAGUUGGACUUUUAAAGCAUUAUUUAUAGACUAUAGGAGAAAUAUUUCUGAACAUAUCAUGUAAUUUUUUUUUAAGAUUAACUGUGAAAACAUUACAUACAUGUAUAUAUUUAGACAUGAGCUGCUGCUAUAUAUUGAGUGGGCCCUUAGUUUCUCUUAGUUCUGACCUGUAAAUAUUGCUUUAAUAGAGUCACAACGUGUAUAUGUGCUGUUCAUUAGAGCGAAUUCAGUGGAAUUUUUGUUCUUUUUUUUUAUUUGGCGGCACUGAGUUUAGAUGAUGCUGAAUAAAACAGAAUUGCCUCAUAGAAAAUGGAAUUGAUCAGGAUGGAUGGUGUGAAACUGACUGGUAAGAGAGAGUUUUCAGAUGUGAAAACGAUUUUCCAAAAGAAUGGUGUCUGAGAGUUUGAAUGUGACCUUUAAAAAAAGAGCCAAGGGAAAGGGUAGCUAGAAGAGGGUUGGCUCUCCUAGGCCUUAAUUUUGGAAAGCAGCUACUUACCCCUCAGAGAAUAAAGUAUUAUGCAUUCUUGUCAAUUUGAAAACUACAUCUACUGUAUUAUUGCUGAAUAUUUUGUUAAUACUAAAGGACAAUUAUUUUAAGACCAUGGGGUUUGUUUUUAACAUACUUUGUUUCUGCAGAGGAUGAUAUUGGUGACAUACCAAAGAGAAGCAAUACACAAUUUGUCUGCUUUAGCCUUCUUUUAUUUAUCUCAUCUGCAGAUGUUGAGAAUGUAUGCAUUAUGUAAAAUGCUUGUUUUUUUAUCUUUGUUGGGUUUUUUUAAUUAAACGACGUAAAAAUACUA